AUGAAUAGAAAUUUGCAGUUUAUGAUUGACAACUUGCAAACGAAAGGGGAUGGUGGAUGGAAAUUGACUAUGAAAUCGAAGAGCCAAAUUCCGUGCAGACGAAAUGAGAUGCUCAACAGGUUAAGGAAAUUCUUAAUGAGCAAUGUACUGAACGCCUCAGAUCUGUGCAACCCGAUAAGUUCUCCAAACCGCGGGCCGUCUAUUCACAGCGCAUAUCGUUUCCAACCCCGACAUUUGUUGCAGAACCAGACGAUGUCAGAGAUCACAGAUAGCCCAUCGCCGAGGUUCGAUGCAGCGCUGGGAAAUCUGCGGUCACAAGGAGGCGUGCUAUGCUGGGGCUGGAAAAGCUCCGUGGGAAUUGCCCGAAGAGAGAGGUCACGAAAGAUAACCGUCGGUCUCUGUUGGGUCUUUCUUUGGAGAAGUACCAGUCUGCAUUGUUCGCGGCACAACAAUAAUGAAGCAGUGAAGCUUGGUCUGGAUGUUGUGAUUUAG